GCCGGGGCUUGCAUUGGGCGGUGUCUCCGGACAUUUGCACGCCGUCGAGCGCGAUGGCUGGUUGCGCUGCCGCUUCCGCUGCGGAAGACGCAGGCGCGCUCCUGCCGAGCCUGGCCGUCAAGAACACCUUCAUCCACAUCGACACAGCCGAGGAGGGCGCGCUGCCCCCGCGGCGCCGCCUCUCGGUGCCGCCGUCGGCCCGCCUGGCAGGCCGACCGAGGGGCGGGAGCUCGCCGAGCAGCAAGCUCUCCCUUCAGCCGGCGCUCGACACGGACUCGGAGGCGUCGACGCUCAGCGCGGCGAGCCCCCGCGGCUCCGCUGGGGAGGACUCCGCCUCGCCCAGCUGCGCCGACAGCGUCGCGUCGAGCACGCCGCUGGCCUCCCCGAGGCGGCAGUGCUGGGCUGACGAGACGGAGGACGCGGGGCUGCUGGCCCCGCCACCGCCGCCGCCCGUGUGUGCCAGGCCGCGGCGCGACCGCCCGCAGAAGCAGCUGAACGCCAACGCAGCCGUGUGGACCCCCGCCGCCGCCGCCGCGCACGGCGCGCUGCCCGCCGUGGAUCCGCUUGCAAGGGCGCUGACGGCGCAGGUCGCGAGCCUGAUGGAGCAGUUGCAGGUGACCUUCAACUGCGGCAGUGCGAAGGUGAAGGUGGAGGUCGUCGGGGGAGAGCUCAGCCCGUGCUGCGUGGUCAUGUGGAUCCGCCCGGGGGACUCGUGGCUCACGGAGAGCCUGCUCACUGCGGCCAGGGAGGCGCUGCUGCGCAUCUCCUCGGAACGCAGCGGGGUGUACGUCCUCGGCUUCAACGGGCGGCCCUUCACCCCGCAGCCGAACGGCUUCUCCGGUAUCCUUGCGAAGAUGGAUGACAGGACACAGGCGUGCUGGGAGAUGUACAAGCAGGGCAGCUGCGGCCGCGGCGCAGCGUGCCGGUGGCAGCACCCGACGGUGGGGUUCCCCGUCAACGUGCUCGUUGCCGUCGCGGGCGGCGCGGACGUCCCCGCGGCGUGACCCUUCGCCCAGGCGGGGUCCCCCCCUGGCAAGGGUUCCGCGGAUCCGGGCCGCUCAGAUGAAGACGGUUUCGUGUUCACCGAGCUGGCGCGUGAUCUGCCCGCGAGGUGACGCGCGGGCGGCCCGCGUGAGUUGCCAGCGCUGGUCGGCUGAAGGCACCGUGUGCUCGGCACUUGUCUGCCUGCUCCUUUCUUCUUCAUCUUUCGAGGAGCAACAAACAGCAUGAACAUGCGUUCUCGGAGGUCCGCGGCGGGCAUCUAGGAUCCGGGCGGAUUUAUGGUCGGCACGGCGCUUCGAAGAAGGAAAACAGCAUAAAUUGAUUUUCCCGCGUUCCGCACAUAUUUCUUGGAUCGGCCCCUUGGCCCUCCUGGCGGCGCCUCCGGCGCCGCCCGUGCUUCGCUCCGCG